AUGGCUGGUAGAGACAUUGCAGACACAUGGGGUGUGCCAUUUGUCAUGGCGCCUGUGUGUGGGACAUAUAUGUCUGCUGUUGAGAGAAAGGAUUACUCUGUCAACAACGCGGUUGUGUUUCAUCAGUUGUUCCCUAACCCAGGGUAUAGAGACGAUUUCUAUGUGCGACUAAAACCAGUAUGGCCAGACCUACGCUUCUCGUUAACUGUAGGAUAUAAGGGAGAAAUUACAGAACUUAAGAGAGAUGAACAAUUCUUUCCUGUCGAUUACAAUGGGAUGGCGGCAAUCAAGGAAGCUUUUUUCUUUGCAGUAACAAAACUGAGCCUCCGAUCUUUGACAUGGUGA